AUGCGAUUCCUUGCCAUCCUACCCCUAGCCACAGCGGUGACGGCUUGCCUGCACGACCGCACCUUGGCUCGCCGUGCCGCGCAGGCGGGGACUCCGAGCUUUGGAUACUCGGGCGCGCAGGGCCCCCUAAAUUGGUACGGGCUCGACCCGCAGACGAACGCGGCCUGUGACCUGGGCAAACAGCAGUCCCCCAUCGCGAUCGACUCGAAGACCGUCACCCUGAUUGAUUCCAGUGCCGUGUCUCUGGACAUCCCCGACGCCGACCAUGUCGAGUUCGAGAACCUAGGAUACACGCUCGAAGUCGUCCUCCCCAAUGGCACCCUGACGGCCCAGGGCAAGCAAUACACGCUGGCGCAGUUCCACUUCCACACCCCUUCCGAGCACCGCCUCGACGAGGAGCACUACCCGUUAGAGGUGCAUUUCGUGUUCACCGACGAGACCAACGGGAUCGCCGUCGUCGGCUUCGUCUUCCAGCUCUCCGAAACCGGACACUGCGACUCACUCUUCAGCUCCGUGUUCGCCGACGUCGAGGCGAUCAGUGAGCCCGGGUCCGCGACGGAGAUCGAGUCCCUAGACUUCUCCGACUUGACGAAACAUUUCCAGGGCCACGAGGUCUACACCUACGGGGGCUCGCUGACCACCCCGCCCUGCAGCGAAGGGGUGUCGUGGUUUGUCAGCGCGGAGCCCUUGUCCUUGGAUGUCCAGCAUUACAACCAAGUCAAGCGCUUGAUCCGCUUCAACUCGCGCUAUACCCAGAACGUGCCCGGAGAUGAGAAUCUGUUGGAAAUGGCUGCCAGGGAGUUGAACGGGUUGUGA